UCCGUUGAGCCGUCCAAUGUUGCCUUUGGCAACUACACCAGAGGUGCCAAAGGCAUCCAAUCCAACUCAGGUGGAGGCCAAGGAGGUUCAGCUCUCGGACAUUGCACCAAUAAUGCUGGAUGUACCGACGUGAAGACUAAAAUAGAUGACAUCGCUGAACUGGACAUUGCAGAGGAUUUUGAUAACCGGCCUUCCAAAAAGGCAAAAAUUUCUGAAUCACGUGUACUGGAACCAUCACCUAUGUCACCAACUAUGAAAACAUCUUCUCCAGGUUCAGAGUGUUUUGAAUCGUUUGUGCCGGAAUCAGAUAAUCAGAUGAAUCAUGAUACACUACCAUCACCUCCAUCCCCAUCUAGCUCGACAAUAUCUCCUGUUUUCCCAUUGCAUGAUAUUAAGGAACCAAAUUCACAUAAAGAGAUCAAAGUUGAUGAGACAUAUGAUUAUCUCCCACAAGACUAUACAUUGACUGACCAUGAUCUAUGUGCUCAUAUAGCAGUAGAAUCAUCUUUGAGAAAACAAUUGCUGGUUCAGAUAGAUGGAAGUUCUGUCUUGCAACAUCAAUUGAUGUGCCUGCUAGAUGAGAAAGAGUGGGUAAAUGAUGAUGUGAUCAAUGCAUAUAUAUGUUGUAUAAAGGACCAAAUACAUCUCCAGAAUGAUAAUAAAGUAUAUUUUGAGAGUCCAUUUGUUACCUCACUAUUUAAACGAGAUGGCACCAUUGGAAUACAAGAAGGUAGUGCCUUCAUGACGAAGCUUGUAUUACAACUCGGAAACUGAUCGAAACGCUAUAAAUAAGUUAACCGCCCUGAUUUCCUCCCUCACGUCGCACCAUAAUAAUAAGAUCGAAUCAAAAGAAAUCUGGGCGAAACCUCCACGGCGCCGGUCCAUCCUCGACGCACCUGACCCAAGUCUCGCCGCCUGCGAGCUUCAGGAGGCCCACGCGGACUGACUGCUACUGUUGGGCGUAGUCUGCCACGGCGCUGACGAGGGAUGCAUCCUCGAGGCGAUCAACCCGAGGCUUGCCGCCGCCGAGUUCCAAAAUGGCAACACUCCUGCUGCCAAGCCUAGCGAUCGUGUUCCACGACGCCGAGGGGGGAUGCAUCAGCAAGGCCGUCAACCCGAGGCUCGCCGCCGCCAAGUUCCAGAAGGGCAACCCUUCUGCAGCAGCGUGCAGCCAUCUGAACCCAGGUUAGUGGCCGAGGGCGAAGACC